AUGCGUAAGCCGCCGGGUUAUGAAGACCCGACUCAUCCUGAUUAUGUGUGUCAUCUUCAGCAGUCUCUGUAUGGCUUAAAGCAAGCUCCGAGGGCCUGGUUCAAGCGGCUCCAUGACUACCUGUUGACUAUUGAUGAUAUAAUCAUGCUCGGAAAUGACUCGGAUCUUGUUGCCUCUUUGCUUCGUCAGCUCUCUACGACAUUCAAGAUUCGUGACUUAGGGACUCCCAGCUUUUUUCUUGGUAUUGAAACAGCUUCUUUUGAGGGCGGUCUCGUGCUCUCUCAGUGCCGGUAUAUGGAUGAUAUCUUAUGUCGGGCGGGGAUGUCCGACUGCAAACCUCUAUUGACCCCUGCGGCUCUCACUCAGGCCGCAUCACCAACCAUUGAACCCUUCGAGAAGCCUUCUCAGUAUCGCCGACUCGCGGGAGCUAUUCAGUAUCUCACCAUCACCCGGCAGGAUCUUUCCUAUGUUGUCAACUGGCUAUGUCAGUUCAUGCACGCGCCAACUGAUGAGCACUGGGGUCUACUCAAGCGAGUGUUACGCUAUGUUAAGGGUACUUUGUCACACGGGUUGCGGCUUUUGGCAUCACCUAUUGCAGACAUUCAUGCCAACUCUGAUUCUUAUUGGGCUGGGUGUCCUAUUGACAGGAAAUCUACUAGUGGUUAUGCUGUCUACCUCGGUUCAAACCUCAUUUCCUGGGUAUCUCGCAAGCAGUGA